UCUUUGGUUACCAGGACAGAGCUUUGCCGCUUUAGCGGUGCCAAGAUAUACCCUGGGAAGGUUAUUAGAUUUAUUCGCUCAGACUCCCAGGUCUUCCUCUUUCCCAACUCGAAAUGCAAGAGGUAUUUCCAUAAUCGCCUGAGGCCUGCAAAGCUUACAUGGACUGCUGUGUACCGCAAACAACAUAAGAAGGACAUUGCUGCUGAAACUGUGAAGAAGAGGCGUCGAACAACCAAAAAGCCCUACUCAAGGUCAAUCGUUGGUGCCACCUUGGAAGUUAUCCAGAAGAGAAGAGCUGAGAAGCCAGAGGUCCGAGGUGCUGCACGUGAAGCUGCUUUACGUGAAAUCAAGGAGAGAAUCAAGAAAACCAAGGAUGAGAAGAAGGCAAAGAAGGCAGAAGUGAUGUCCAAUGCACAGAAAACAAGCAAGGGUAAUGUCCCCAAGGGAGCUUUACCUAAGGGUCCUAAGCUUGGAGGUGCUGGUGGCAAACGAUAGUUUUUCUUGUCGCUUAAAGUUUUUCGUUGCCUGUUUAUGAAUGAUAUCGUAUUACUGAAUUUUGACUCUAGUUUUGUACGGAUGGUUGGCGACAUGCCAUCUCUCUGUUUCUUGAGCAUUUUAUGAGAAAUAGCACACCUACUUUCCUUGAUCAA